AUGUCACAGCAUUCACCCCUGAGUGGGAAGAGGUCUCUAAGGAGGAAACCUCCAGCUGAAAUGGAGCCAUUGAACCAACCUGUGCCUGCUAACAACUCAACAUUCCCAUAUACGACAAGGUCGACUCAACAACCGUUUCAACCAGAGGUGGAUCCUCACUUCAAACGCAGACCAUCGCAAGAUUACUCUCCAUCUAAUCAGCAGAGAUACGAGUUCUUGAACUACGAUACUUCAAUAGCUCCGGAUUACUCCCAUGCCGAUCAGUCGUAUGAAGACACAUUUGCAUCCCUUGACUCACCCAAGCCAAAGGGUCCCCGUCAAAUUUGGGAGUACAAUGAGCAUGAAUACCGUGAAGCAAGUCCAACUCCUCUUGGGAACAAUCGUGACUUGGAUCACAGACAUGCCACUCGUGACAGAUCACCAAUUCAUAUCGAUCGAACCAAACCCAAGGAACGCGCAUUUCAGGAGAUGUCAAGGUCUAACUCAAUCCCUAGUGUGGCAACACCAUACCCUACUAAACCAGUAGAAGAAGAAAUUUUUGAUGAGGAAUUUGCAUUUACUGUUUCUCCUCCCGACACAAAGAGAACAAAUGAAACUGACAGAAUACCCCUGUUGGUACAAAGAAGACUGAUGCCGGCUCUUCCAGUUUCCACUCUUGCACAUUCUACAAACUACAACAACUUAGCCAGCAUCGGGCAUGACGCACGAAACCUUAAUGCACCUGAAUUUGAUGAAAAUGAAUUUAUAGAAUCUCAAGGAAGUAGUUCACGGUGGAAUUCUAUCCGAUCACAUGAUUCCUAUUAUGCAGUCACUGAUAACCCAUUUUUUGAUGAAGAGGAGCUAGAAAUGAGAACAGAAUCUCCCACAUCUGACUACUUUGAUUAUUCCAUUUUGCCGGACAUUCCAACGGGGAAAGAUGCAUCCUUUCUUGAACCUACUAUACCCCCUCAUACUCAUAUACCCAUACCAGGAAUACCCCUGAUUCCAAGAGCAACUCCAUACAAGAAGUUACCAGUAAUACCGUUGGAUCUACCCGAAUUACCAUUCAGCUCCUCAUUGUUGCUUCUGCAACAUUUCCAAAUAUGUGAAAACAUAUGGUCACUCUCCCUGAUUUUCCAAUGGUGUUUGGAGUUGAGACUGUGGCUGCGAGAUCAAACUAUUUCUAAGCGUGAACUUAAGAAGGCAUUGAUUAGAUUGUUUGCGUUUCAUAGAAGCGACUUUGCACUUGAUGUGAUAACACGGAAUGCAAAUAUAGUAUUGACUAGUCUUGUUGACUCAGGCGCCAUUGUUCUUGUAGAUGGUAAAGGAUCGGAAGAAGAAAAGAAAGGAAUAACAAUGGCCUCAGACGUGUAUGUUAAUGGUGUACUACCUGAUUUCACUCAAUGCUAUUCUGUUUUCCCUCAUGCUGAAGAUGACGAGACCUCUUAUCAGUGUUAUUCGCUGUCAUGCUAUCUGAAUGAAGUAAGAAAGUACGAAGCCCGAAGAAGAACAACCAAUAUCAAGGAUAUUGUAUUGGAGAAUGAUUGGGCCACGCAUUGGCAUUUAUCGGCUGAAGACUUGCGAGGAAUAGAGCAGGGCUUAAUCAAACGUCAAUCCUAUGUGUUUGACUUGCUUAGAUAUGAGCAAACAUUUAUCCAAAGAGCUAAAUGUUUUAUCGAAAUUGUUGUACCGGAAUUCGUACCUCAUAUGCGUGAAUUAUUCAAGCCUGAGAUUACUAAAAAGUUUGAACAGGAUGUCGUUGAACCAGGUCGGAAAAUUCUUGAGAUUCAUCAAACCCAGUUGUUUGAGCCCUUGUUGAGAAUUCUUAUUGCCGAGGGAAAAUUUAUUAGAGAUUUAGUUUCAAUUUCAAAUAUUUACAAUGAUUGGGCUAUAGAAGUACGACCCUUUUUGAUGCAGUACAUGAGCUGUAUGCCAUUGAUUGAAGAAUUGUUGAGCACGCCAUCUUUGAAAACAUGGGUUGAUAACCAUAUCGGGAAUUUGAAACGUGUUAAAGAAUUGAAAGUGAAUGUUGCCAUUUUGUUUAUCAGUACCUUCAAUUCUAGGUAUCAACUGCUUCCACUACAAUUGUUGGAUAUCCGCAAGAAAUAUGACGAACUGGAUGAAGAAUAUCAUGCCUUGACAAAGGCAAGCGAGACAAUAAAGAAGUUGGGACUGAAGAUUAAUGAAUCAAAAAGAAUGGCAGACAAUGUACACACCAUAGGUAUGAUUAAGAAUCAAUUAGUGUGGAAGAAUAAUUUACAACCAACGAAUUUGAAUUUGGGAUCUACUAAUCGAAAAUUCAUUUGUCGAGGAGAUAUGACCAGGAAAGGUGAGAUGAAGAUCACUACAUGGAUAAACCAUAUAAUACUUCUUGACAACUACAUGAUAAUUACGGACCGAGUUAAGAAUUCAAAGGCACGCGGGUAUAGUUACAGAAUUAUUGAGGAUCCUAUUCCUGUUGAAUUCUUAAUUGUGGAAGAGAAAGCCAUGACUGGGGUAACAACAAACACUUUACCCUUACCUCGAAAUGGAACGAACCAACUACCUACACCACCACCAACCACCACCACCACAUCAAAUACAUUAGAUAGUUUGGGAGAUGAUGAUGACUCGGCCACAUUUGCACUUAAGAUACGAUUUGCAGGUAGACAGAAGCAUACAUAUACAUUUUCUUGUAAAUCAGAACGUGAACGUGGAGAGUGGAUUAGAUUCUUAUCUGAGACGAAGCUGGCAUUAGGCAAGAGAUUGAAGCCAUCAGAACCUUUUGAUAUGAAACUUGUAUCCAAUACAUGUUUUGGAUAUGAGUUCCCUAAUAGAAUUACCAAGUUGCAAAUUUGUGCACCAUAUGACCCUAUUUAUGAGAUAAGUCAAGAUUCAUUAAGAAAGCUUACUCAAUUGGGUUACAAAUCUGAUUUAUACAGCUUCCCUAAUUCUAGAAAUCAUGUCGUGUUUAGCAGGGUUAAUUAUCUUUGUUCAUUUACAUAUAAAGGCGGGAGAUACCAUUUUAUUGGAUUGGCUACUGGGUUAUAUUGUUGCGAAGCCAAGAACAGGUGGAAAAAGAUACUCAAUGGGGCGGAUUUCACCAAGAUACACGUUGAUGUUGUAGCUGGAAUUGUUAUUGUGCUUGGUGAUAAACAUUUGAAGUAUUUCUUGCUUCUGCAAUUGCUUUUGGUUUAUACUGAAAAAAAGUCAGAAGUUACAAGUAUUCCAGUAUCGAAAGAGCCGGUAUUAUUCUUUUCUGUUGGCCGACACAAAAAUAUCACAAUGUUGUUUUACGCAAAAAGGAAGAGCAAUGGCACGACACAUUUCAAAGUUCUAAUUCCCGAGACCGACAAUCAUGGAGUAUUUAGUCGAUUCAAAGAAGAAAGAAAGUUUUAUAUCCAAGCUGAAUGUUAUGGAAUUUCAAUUUUCAAUUCUUCGUUUGCAGUGCACACAAAUAAAGGGUUUGAAAUUUUAGAGUUGGAUAAAUUAAUUCCUCGCUCAGUGCCCGACUUACCCCUCCCAGAUGUUGAAAAUAAGAAAAAGAUUGACCAGUUUCAAAGAAGAACUAGUAACUCUUCAAAUGUGGCGGUUGAAAUAAUACGGAAGCUAGUGUCAUCGUCAAACAUGAAGCCGCUUGGAAUGUUUAAGUUGAAUAAUAACACAGAGUUCCUUUUGGUUUACAAUGAGUUUGCAAUCUUCAUAAACAAGCACGGGAAAUUAUCACGAUUAUCUGUUCUUCGAUUUGAAUUCAAAGCAAGGUCAAUCCAGUUUGCCAAUAAUCAUUUAUGUAUUAUUUGCGAAGAAGUUAUUGAAAUUUGGUCGAUCAGUGAUUUCGUUAAGGGUACUAAUAAGUUGAUGCAGGUAAUCACUGGUAAGGAUAUUAGAUCCAUUUCUGAUGAUCAAAUUGCGAUUGCUAUGGCAAACCCCAUGGUUCUUGGAUUACAAUUGGUAUUUCAAUUGAUACUGAAAGCAGGGGAGUGA